UUCACUUCGUUGCUCUUAUCGAUUCGAUAUGACGCCGAGGUACCUGAGCUGUUUGAGUUGUAAGAUGACUUUUAAAUCUCCGUCUUUGCUGGAAAAGCAUCGGGAGAAGUUUUGCAUCGGGACUGAGUUCGGAAGAGCAUUGAUAACCAAAACCCCUGAAGAUAUGCUUAAUCAGCUGAAGGACUAUAAGCGACGCCGUGAAGAGCAGAGGAAGCAACAGGAAAUGGAGGAGCGAGGUAUCCUGGAGGAAAUGGAUGAGAACAAGAGGAGGUUAAUAUAUGAUCAUUUGAGAUUUGAUGAACAGGAAGACUUUGCCCAGGAUGGCCCAAGCCUGAGACAGCAAUGGUUUCAGGAAUACAAAAAUAAGUUGCAAAACCUGGCCCAAGAUCAUGGAAACCAUGUCACCGCUUUAAUAUCUCAUAACAAGGAAUUAGAGGAACAGCGAACAGAGAUUUUGAAAAAACUAAAAGACAUGUCUGAGAAAGGUAAAAUCUCUGCACAAGUGGAGACUAUGUUGGCAGAGCUCAAAGCACAAGAAUACAAGAAUGAGCUACUUCUGGAAUCCAUGAAGCAACAGCUGGAGAUCCUACAGCUAGAAACCAUACAAAACAAAGUUGCAAGCAGGCACAAUACUUCACAGUCACAUCAAUCGAAGAGAAAGGAGAAAGCUCAGCAGCUGCAGACAUUUCUUCCUUUCUAUGGUGGAGGAAGUCUGUCAUCUGAAAUCAGUGCUUUGCGACUUUCCUACCUACAGAAUGGCGGCAACGAUCAGUUGAUCCUCAUCCAACUGCAUGACCUCUUGGCUGAAGCUCUGCAACUGGAACAGAGGGUGAAGCAUCCAAAAACUCAACGGAAGGAGAGGAAUUACAGGGAACAUGAUACAUUCAAAUGCAAUUUGGAUUCAGAGCUGAUCUCUCUGGAAGUAGAAAAUCAGCGACUAGAAGAAGAAAUUCUCAAACUGCAGCUCAGACGACAAAGGAAUCAUAGAAGUCAAAAACCACUGAAGACUUCCAUUGGCCAAAGGCUAAUGCUAUCACUGUAUGAAGAUGAAAGUGAUCAACUGAUCCAGAAAGAUAGUUACCAGAAAAUGAGGGCUCUGAAGACUGAGAUUGACCUUUUGAAACAAGAGAUGGAGAUUCGGCGUCUUCAGCGUCACAUGAGGAACUCAAAGACCCGUGACCUUCCCAAUGCCACUGUGCGAACUCCUGCAUUUCUGCCAAUGGAGGAUGCCAGACCUCAAACUCCGACUCUUGCUAAACAUUUUCUAGAUUCCAGUGAGGGCUUGGGUCCUGCACCGUAUGAUCCAGUAGCUGGUUUUGUGGUAUUCUAUGAUUUUCUCCUGGGAUUGGAUUCUGCGUAUCGGGUUUGCCGUCUGGUGGUGGGCCUUUACCAUGGUGGACAGGAAAUGGGCGAUCUCUCUCCACUUCCAGCUGUCUACUGCGAUAUUGACAACUUACCAGCCUAUUUUCCAGAGGCUGGUGGAGGCAACAGAGCAAUCCUGGCAGUCAAGCAAGUUGUGCCAAGGGUGCGUCCAUCUCCAGGAAUUAGUCUUAUAAUUGAGCUACAGGCUUCUGGGGGCUGUGAUCCCUAUGGACAGGACAUCAACCGUCUCAUCUCACGAGGCUGGAUCAAGAUCGAUAUUUUUGACUCCCAGAAUCAAGUGAUCAGUGGCCGAUGGAAGGUUCCAAUUCGAGUUCUUCCAGUUAAACCAUCCAUGACCACCAGUGAAUUAAAUGGAGUGCCUCAGUUAGAAAAUGUGGAAUUAUACCUUCGUUUAGUCAAUGCAAGAGAUGCAAAUGUCCAGACAACUGCAGCCAUUGAUUCCAAUAAUGCUACACUGUAUAAAUAUCCACCACUGGCAUCAGCACGCACUACUAUUCCCAUUGAUGCUCCAUUCUCGUCUUAUAAUUCAUCUUACCGUCACCCGACUAUUCAACUGGUCUAUCCCUCUUUUGGUGAGACUGUGGACCCUCCACCUCCUUCUGCUGAUAUGAUGGUACUUCAGUGUUCUCCCUCAGCCAGAACUCAAUAAUGAUGAUUCAAACCCACCAAUCCCAAGACAAAGCAAAAUGCAAAAUAUGAAAAAGUAUUCCACUGUUGAAUGAUAUUAAACAGCAAAAAUUGUGAAAACUGAACAGAACGUCCAUUAGUGACGCUUGUGAGAUCUCUUGGGGCAUUGCUCGUGACUAGUCAGAGAUUUUGCUGAAGUGCAAUGUCAUAAUGGAACAACAUGUGCAAGAUAUAUGUUAGCACAGGGCUUUUAAGAUAAUUAAUACACAUGAGCUCAAUAUAAUACCUUAUAGACCAAUUAGAGUUGGAUCUCCUAUCCCAAACCAAUAGAGUCCGGCAACUCGGCCAAAAUACUCAGGUUCAUCUCUAUUAUUUUAAUCUAUGUAGAAAAUCUUCUGACAGGUCCUUGUUGUAUGUGACUAAUCCAUUGGAGCUGCAUAUGUAUGGAUUCCAAAUGACAAGACCUGGCUCAUUGCCUGCAAUCCAAACAGCUGACCAGGGCACAAGACUAGUAACCCAUGGCAUCCCAAACUGUUGUGUGUUGAAUGGUCACUCGCAAUAGAUACCACAAAGGUGACCCCAUUGAAAAGAAAUCUGUCACAUUCUGUAGGAAAGUCGUAGAGUCAUACAGCACCAAAAUAGACCCUUCAGUCCAACUUGGCCAUGCCAAUCAGCUACCCUAAUCUGACCUAGUUCUACUUUUAAGCAUUUGGGCCAUAUCCCUCUAAACCCUUUCUAUUCAUAUACCCAUCCAGAUGCAUUUUAAAUGGUGUAAUUCUACCCACCUCUACCACUGUCUGUGGCAGCUCAUUCCAUACACACACCCCCUGCGUAUUUGAUUGAUUGAGUUAUUGUCACAUGUACCGAAGUACAGUGAAAAUCUUUGUUACCCCUCAGUUACUUUUUACAUCUUUCCCCUCUCACCUUAAAUCUAUACCUUCACGUUUUGAUGCAGUUUUUAAAAAGUUUUAAAAACAAUCUUUAAAGUGGUUACAUGACAGUGCUACGUUUUAUUUCAUUCAGAUCAAAAUUGGGAUUUAUUAAUUAUUACAACCAUACUAACGGGAGUGAUUGAACUGUAAAGGGGGACAACUGGUGAAAAUUAGAUGAAAGCAAUACACCUUAAAUAGAUUUCUAAGAUUUACCUAAGUAGUUUCUCUACUUGAUAGCCACACAGAGAGGUGGUGGUAGUCGGUGGGAGUACAUAGCUGCAGUAGUUUCUAAAUGUGGAUUCUUCUUCUGAAGUGUGAGGUGUAUCUUAUCUGAAUGCUAAAAUGUCAGAGAUGCUGGUCAGUGGGACAGCUGAUAAGAAUAGGACAUGGAGAACGGCUGUGUUAAUUUAUCUAACAACUUUCAUAACCCCAGGACAACCCAAAGCAGUACUUUUGAAGAGUAGUCACUAUAGUAAUGCAACAACUCAGUAAGAUCUCAAAAUGUCAUAAUAAGCAUAUCAUCUAAGGUUUUGGAGUAGAUUUGUAGCUCGGGUUGUGGGUGUUGAGGUCGGUUGGCUCGUCGAGCUGGUUUGUUAUUCCGCAGACGUUUCGUUACCGUGCUGGGUAACAAUCUCAGUGCACCCUCUGAGGCUAAUAAAUAAAAAGAGCAAAGGUAAAUUACAAAAGAAAACUAGUGUGAAAUACAAAAACAGAUAGCAAAAGCAUCUAUAAGCAAAUAAAAGGGAAAAGAGUAGCUAAAGGAAAUGUUAGCCAUUGGAGGAUGAGACUAAGGAGUUAUAGUGAGGAAAACAGAAAUGUCAGAAACACUAAAUCAAUUUUUUGCCUCAGUUUUUGUGGUGGAGGACGCUAGCACCAUCCCAAUAUUAAUAGGUAAUGCAGAGGCUAUAGAAAGGAUGAAACCUAGAACAGUCAUCAUCACUAGGGAAAAAGUACUAAGCAAACUAUUUGAAUUGAAGGCAGACAAGUCCCCAGGACCUGAUGACAUGGAUCCUGGUGUAUUAAAGGAAUUGGCAGCAGAGAUGGUGGAACCACUUGUUAUAAUAUUCCAAAAUUCCCCAGAUGUGGGAAAGGCUCCAGUGGAUUGGAAAAAUUUUAACAUAAUGUCCUUAUUCAAAAAGGAUGGGUAGCAAUAGGUAGGAAACUAUAGACCAAUUAAUUUAAUAUCUGUUGUUGUGAAAUUGUUGAAUUUCAUUAUUAGACGAGUAAUAGCAGGACAUUUGGAAAGUCAAAAUGCUAUCCAUCAGAGUCAGCACUGUUUUAUGAAGCGCUCGAGGUCAUCGAAGAUGUAACAAGCAAUGUGGAUAAUUGAAAUCUCAUUGAUGUAGUGUAUCUGGACUUGCAGAAAGCAUUUUAUAAGGUGCUGCAAAAAAUGUUAAUAUACAAGGUAAGAUUACAUGGGAUUAGGGAUCAUUUAUGGAUAGGGGAAUCGAUAACCAACAAAAAGCAGAGAUAAAUUAGGUUUUUUUCUGUUUUAUAGCAAGUAACACAGGUUUUGGUCUUUGGGUCUCAACUAUUUACAAUUUAUAUCAAUGAAUUGGAUGCAGGGCUGGAGGGUACUAGAAACAAACUUGGAGAUGAUACAAAAGUAGUUGGGACAGUUAAUUGAAAUAAAUAUCCUAAUGGAUAGAUUAGGUGAAUGGGUCAAAAUUUAGCAGAAGGAGUUUAAUGUAAGGUUAUCCAUUUUGAUCAGAAGAAUAGAAAGGCAACUUGUUAUCUAAAUGGCCAGAAACUUUGGUGCAGAGAGAUGAGUGUCCUUGUGCAUGAAUUGCUAAAAACUGGAAGGCAUGCACAGUAGCUAUUAAGGAUGACAAAUGGAUUUUUGGCGCUUAAUGUGAAAGCAAUUGUGUAUAAAAGUAGGGAAGUGUUGAAACUAUAUGAGGCACUUGUGAGACUGCACUUGGAAUAUUGCAUAUAGUUUUGGUCCCCUUUAUUUGAGGAGGAAUCUAGUCGUGUUAGAGGCAGUUCAGAGAAGAUUCACUAACUAUCUAGGAUACGAUCUAAUUGAGGUAUAUAAGAUGCUAAAGGAGACUGACAAAGUAGAUACAGAGAGAAUAUUUUAUCUUGUAGGGCAAUCUAAAAUGAGAGAUCAUAGUUUUUGUAUAAGAGUAGCAGAUUUAAACAGAGAUGAGGAGAAUCUGAGACAACAAGCUGUGG